CAAGACUAUGUUGAGUCCUGUGAACCCUGUCGCCUCUCGGCUCAUCAUGGGCGGCCACCGAGUGCCCUCCGACGUCCGACUCGACGGACAGACGGCCAUCGUCACCGGCGCCAACGCCGGCAUCGGCCUGGAGACGGCGCGCGGCCUGUACGAGCGCGGCGCGCGCGUGCUGCUCGCCGUGCGCUCCGUCAGCCGCGGCGAGGCGGCGCGCGCGCAGCUGGAGCGCCAGGCGGCCGGCGCCGCGCCGCCCGCCGGAUCGCUGCACGUGAUGCAGCUCGACCUCGCCUCGCUGGCGUCCGUGCGCGCCUUCGCAGAGAGGAUCAACAGAGAGGAGGCGCGCCUCGACCUGCUGAUCAACAACGCCGGCCUGGUGCUGGACGAGAGGACCGAGACUCAGGACGGCUUCGAGACCACGUUUGGGGUCAACCACUUGGGACACUUCCUGCUGACGAUGCUGCUCCUGAACAAGUUGAAGGCAUCGACGCCAUCUCGCGUGGUUGUUCUCUCUUCCGCUGCACACAAGAGAGGACGCAUAGAGUUCGACGAUUUGCAGCUGACCCGUGGCUACAGCUUGUGGAAAAGCUAUUCGCAGAGCAAACUUGCGAAUCUCCUUUUCGCGCGCGAGCUGUCUCGUCGCCUAUCUAGCACUGGGGUGACCGUCUACGCCGUUCACCCCGGGGUGGUGCGCACGCCAAUCUGGGCCAACGCUCCCGCCUGGCAGCGCUGCUUCCUCGUCUUCCUGAAGCCGUUCUUCAAGAGCGCUGCCUCCGGUGCCGAGACCUCUCUAUUCUGCGCGAUGUCACCAAAGGCGGCAACGGAGAGCGGAAAAUACUACGUCGACUGCAAGGAGAAGGAGGUGGCUCCAGCAGCGAGGAAGGACGCCGACGCUGCCAGAUUGUGGGAAAUCAGUGAAAAGCUGGUGGGACUGGCAUAACUAUGCAAACUUGAUCUCUUGGCGGUCAUCACAUUCAACGCUUCGAAGAGCUCAAAAGGAAACAAUGACGAGAGCAAUACAUGCACGAGACGACUGGAUACCUACCUCCUGUUUGAGUCAUUGCAUGUACCUAUUU